AUGAAAUAUCAGGGAUUUGCAUGCGACAAUGUCAUAAACUUCGAAACGGUCCUCGCCAACGGCACCGUUGCGCAUGCCAAUGCGACCUCGAACCCAGACCUCUACUUUGCACUGUGCGGUGGCGGCAACCGUUACGCCGUCGUGACCAAGACGACGAUGCAAGUCUUUGAGUCGGGCGUCAAGGGCCAAAUCUGGGGCGGCGUGCGCACCUACACCGAGGACAAGCACGCGGCCGUGCUCGAGGCCGUGUCGCGCUUCACCUCGGAGAAUACGGACCCCAAGGCCGCCAUCAUCCCGACCUUUGACUUUGCGGGCGUGCUCGUGCUCGACGUGCCCGUGAUCCUCGUCACCUUCUUCUACGACGACGUCGCGGUGCCGGCGGGCGUCUUUGACGACUUUUUCGCCAUCAGGGCGCUGACCGACGACACGGGCGUGCGCACGUUUGCGAGCCUGACCCAGGAGAUUCUCGCCGGCAACUACAAGGGCCUGCGCUUCCGCAUCGGCGUCAACGCGUUCCCGGCCAUGCCCGUGGCCAACAUGACCGACUUCCUCGUCGACCACUGGAAGCUCAUCAAGAAGCGGGCGGUCCAGGCGGCGCUGCGGGAUCCCGUCGAUUUCACGAUUUUUGCGUUUGCGGUGCAGCCGAUGCCGAGCUUCAUGGCGCAGGCGUCCAGGGACCGCAACGGCGGCAACGCGCUCGGCGUCGACCCGGACCACGGCGACCGCGUCUGGAUCGAGUACGACUUGGCCUGGGCGAACCCCCUCUGCGACAUCAAGUGCAACGAAUGGAUCAAGACCAUGGUGCAGGACGCCCACGACCUGCAUGUGGAAAGUUAUUCGGGCAUCUAUCCGACAAACUACAAGAGCGGCGAUUUGGAAACUCUGAGCUACAACCCCAUCUUUAUGAACGACGCAUUGGAUACUCAGCCAGUUCUCAAGAGCUACGGGCAGCAGAACCACGCGCGACUCAUGGCCAUUCAGUCAGCGUACGAUCCGCACGGUUUCCUAAUGGAUCGACAGGAUGGUCCUACUUUUUAG